GGAAGGUGAGAAGUUUCCAUCAAAGCCAGCACAUGCAAACACAGAGUAAAGAGUCAGCAAUUUAUGCCCUUCUUUUACUUGCAUUUUUUUGAGACAGAAUUUGAUGAUUUCAUUAAUUUCAUCACCUUCCGAAUAAUAGACGUGUCAUUAUAUCAUUCUUUUUUCAAGUCAUUCCCACUUUCUUCUUCUUCUUCUCACCAGAAGUCUCUUUCUCUCUCUAUCUCAUCAAUUUUUCUCCCAAUAAUUGUUUCAAGACAUUCCUAGCUAACCAUGGGAGAGAAGGUGACGAUCAUGGUGCUCAAGGUUGAUCUCCAAUGUCCUUGCUGCUACAAGAAAGUCAAGAAAAUUAUCUGCAAAUUUCCCCAAAUUAGAGACCAGGUUUACAAGGAGAAGGAAAACAAGGUGGAAAUCACUGUAGUAUGCUGCAAUCCUGAGAAAAUUCGAGACAAAUUAUGCUGCAAAGGUGCAAAAGUCAUCAAAAGCAUUGAAAUCCUUGACCCUCCCAAGCCCGAGAAACCCAAGCCCAAAGAUCCCGAAAAGCCCAAGCCCAAAGAACCCGAAAAGCCCAAGCCCAAAGAUCCCGAAAAGGAGCCCGAGAAGCCCAAGCCCAAAGAACCCGAAAAGCCCAAGCCCGAUAAGAAAGUCACGUUCAAGGACCCACCAAAGGACCCGGAAAAACCCAAUCCUGCUCCAAAACAGGAGCAACCUAAACCCCCGGCCCCGGCACCAGCACCGACACCACCUCCAGCACAGCCUCUGCCGAUAUUGGGGCCGGAGCCUUGCGAGUACCCACCGAUUUCCCCGGGGAGAAAUUGCUGCGGGCCGUGCUCGCAAGGAUAUGGCGGGGGGCCGUGUUACUUUGGGCACGGGCCACCACCGCCGCCGAUGCCGCAGCCAUGCUUUGAUGGUUACUAUGUGUACGGGUGCCAUGAUAGGCCAUGUCACGUGACGAGAUGUGAUUACUACUUUAGCGAUGAGAAUCCGCAAGCAUGCUCGAUCAUGUGAUAUAUGUACAAUUUUCAUUUUAUUGUUACGGUGUGAAGGGUAUACAAAGAAGCAUCAGUACACCCUGAUUUGAUCAUUAAAUUUCUGUUUAUUUGAAAAUAAAAUAAACAUAUUUAAUUUUA